AGGCUGGGUGGCUCCCUCCUAUUCAGAUACACUUCAACAAACUCUCACCCCAUUUCCCCUCUCAGUUUCUAACCAGCACAUGGAAAUGGAGGACCAAAUGGAAAGCCAGAAGAGAAGAGGAGCGAGCAAAGACGAUUUAAUAUCUGAACGGACAGGGUCUUUGGGAUGCAUUGGUUGGUUCAUAUUCAUAAUGUCUUGCAUCUUCACAAUUUGCCUCUUCCCCAUCACCAUCUGGUUUUGUCUGAAGAUUGUGCAGGAGUAUGAGCGCGCUGUCAUCUUUAGACUGGGACGCAUUACAGACAGAAAGGCCAAAGGACCAGGAAUUUUCUUUGUUUUGCCGUGCACUGACUCCUUUGUGAAAGUGGAUUUGAGAACAGUUUCAUUUGAUAUCCCACCACAAGAGAUCCUGACCAAGGACUCAGUUACAGUUUCGGUGGACGGAGUGGUGUACUUCCGGGUCAGUGACCCCAUUGCCUCUGUGGCCAACGUGUCUAAUGCUGACCACUCCACCCGUCUGCUGGCUCAAACCAACCUCAGAAAUGUCCUGGGGACUAAGAACCUGGCUGAGCUCUUGUCUGACCGCGAGGGCAUCGCUCACAGCAUGCAGACCAACCUGGAUGAAGCCACAGACAACUGGGGCAUCAAGGUGGAGCGUGUUGAGAUUAAAGAUGUGAAGCUGCCACAUCAGCUUCAGAGAGCCAUGGCUGCCGAAGCAGAGGCUUCACGAGAGGCCAGAGCCAAGGUGAUUGCAGCAGAGGGUGAGAUGAAUGCAUCUCGCGCCCUGAAGGAGGCGUCCCUUGUGAUCGCAGAGUCUCCAUCAGCCUUGCAACUGCGCUACCUGCAGACUCUCAGCACCAUCGCGGCAGAGAAGAACUCCACCAUCAUCUUCCCCGUGCCCAUGGAUAUCAUAUCUCACUUCAUGAAGAAGUGAUGCCUCAGUUUGUUCAUCCUCUAAAUUCGCUGGCAGAUUAAACAUGAAUGGGAGGGGAUCAGGUUAUAUUUCUAAUACAUACUCUCAUGAUGCAUGAUGAUGAUAUCGUUUUAUGGUCGACAUUUAUUUAGACUGAUCAUAGAAAAACUGUUAUGGUUUACAUAUAUUCAAGAUGUGAUCAGGCCCUGCUAACAACGUGAUGUAAAUUAGCAUGGCUUCCAUGUCUUCAACAGCAUUUAUUAUGAAACUGAUAUCAUAUGUUGUUAAAACUAUAUAAAUGUGUAUCAUUCCUAUUAUAUGAUGUAAUGUUGAUCAGUUGCAUAUUUUGAUACUGAAAUAAAUAUUAAAUGUUUAAAACUA